AUGACGACAAGCGAAUCACAGCACAUCGCGGUCUACCCGGGCUUCACGGCCCUCAAGCUGCCGUACAAGAACGACGUGCAGCAGCAAGCUGAAUUCUACAUGCUUAUCCUACUACCGGACAGCGAGACUGAGAUCGCCGAUCUGUACGACAAGGCCGUGUCAACGCCGGAGUUCAUCAAGACGCACACGCCGACAGUGAAGGUUCCAGUCGGGCGGUUCAUGGUCCCAAAGUUCAAGUUCACGUCCAAGUUCGAACUGUCAUCCGACAUGCGGAAGCUUGGUGUCACUAGGGCUUUCGAAGGCGGCGACUUCUCGGGCAUGAUGACCGGCGGGGAAGGGCUUUCCAUCAACGCGGUGUACCACAAGGCCACUAUCGAGGUGGAUGAAGUUGGCACCGUGGCCGCCGCUGCCACGGCCAUCGUCGGGUUUGGUAGUGCAGGACCGGGGGCACCACGGGAUCUGGUCGAUUUUGUGGCGGAUCGACCUUUCUUAUUUGCCGUGGUAGAGGAGGGGACAGAUGCAGUUUUGUUUCUUGGUCACGUGGCUAAUCCUCUCACUCACUAG